AGAAAAGAAAAGAAUGGUCAGAUUUAAAGUCACAGUUAUCUUUUUUUAUUCUGUGAUUAAGACAAAUCAGGACUGUGAGAUAUAAAUUCAGAAUUUUUAUCCUGUGUUGGAAACAAGCUUCUGUAGUUUUGCAUCAUAAUUCAUGCUUCAGAAUAAAGCUGAACAUACGAUUAAACACAAAGCGCUGAUCUUCACAAUUCAAAUCUAGAUUUCUCAUUGAAUAUAUGUCAGUGACAAUCAUUUCCAGAAAUGGCUGUCUACAUUAUUUUCCAUUUUGAAAAUGAAUCAUGUUGGAAAUGUCACCUCCUACAGAUCAAGCUGAGUUUGUGUAUCAUACUCUAUUUGAGACCGUAUACGACGAGGGCUGACUCAGAUAUUUGUGUGAUUGAGUGGAAUUAUUCAUAUAAUCAGACUCCUGUGGUUGGGAAAGAAUAACAAAGCCAUAUUUUAAAAUAACAUUGAUGUUCAUAUUUGCGCUCUACCGAUCAUUACACAGUGAUAUCCGGUUAUUCAUGGAAAGCAUUGAAAGUGUUGUGGUUGUGUGGUCUGAGUGAAGUGAAAACAGAGCAGGUACUGCUGUUGUGCUGAGGUCACUGGGAUGAGCGCAUGCACACAUCAGUGUGUUUAUUCCAGUUUCACUGCGACGACAAACCAAAAGAAAAACACUGUGUGUGUGUGUGUAGAUGAUUUACAGUGAUUGAGGGAUUCCCCCAUCAUGAGUAUAAAGCCCUUCACUCUCACACUUCAUCAAACACACACACACACACACACACACACACAGUGAGUCUGAGCGACGACACUCAUCAUGAAGAUCUGCGCAGUGUUCAGUGUAUUUGUGGCUCUUGCGCUGGGCUGUCCGGUUCCUCCGAACACACAGCAGUGUGACUGCAGCGCUGAGGCCAGGUCUCUGCUCUCCGGUCUCUCACACAUCAUGGAGAAGGAUGGGAAGAUGGAGCACGGGGAUCUGUUCGCUGGCUUUAACUGCACGGAUCUGGAGGCUCAGAUGAUUCCUCACACUCUCACAGCAUCUGUCUGUCAGCCCAGCGACUCCGCUCAUAAUGCGUCCUGCUCCAGCCACAGAAGCUCGUCUUUCAGUGAGACGGAGUGUCUGAGGAACAUCAGAGCUGAUCUGAGAUAUUACGAUGUGUUGCUGAGCUCCUACAGUCCCAGCGAGACUGAUCUGAGUCCAGUGAUGACGGCCACCAAAGCCCUGAUGAAUUGUUUGAAUGAGAAGUACGAGGCUGCGGAUGGAGAGUUUCCUCGGUGGGAUGUCUGGAGCGGAUCCUCCUUCGAUAAACGGCUGUCCCUGUGCAAAACACUGAAGGGCUUCCACAUCCGGGCCAUCACCCUGAACCGGGCGCUCGGGUACAUCUGCUCCGGAGAGCACAGGAAGUGAUGUCACUCACUACGGCGCCGGUUCCUCUUCACGCGGCCGCCUGUCAGUCACGCAUAAGCUAGACGCGUGUAUAUUUAUGUCAAUCACUCGGUCUAUUUAUUGGUUUUGAGAAAUUAUUUAUUUGCAUGUUUGCAAUGUAUUAUUUAUUAACUAUUUAUUAAAUUAUUUGUGUAACAGAAAUGUAUUUUGUGUUUGUGUGGAUGAUUCCCAAGAACAAAUAAAGCACGAGUCAUACAGGGA